UUGUACGUGCAAUUUUGCCCAAAGCGUUGACAUCGCACUGGUCUUUAAAUGACUCAUGGCAGUAUCUGAGUGGAUGAAGUAAGUACAGGAUUCAUUUUCUGCCCCCGUCAACUAAAACCAGCCCCGUACUGGAUGAGCAAGCGGCGCACGCAGAAGUAUAUUCCCAACCCUUCAGACAGUUUUGGGCUCCCCCUUUUUCUAGUAAAAAAGCAGCUGCUCACAGUACAAGGAAGAGAUAUAGUUACACCAUUUCGUGCUGCACAUGUCAGCUGGGGGCUGACCUCUCAUCUUUGCCGGCCAGUAAGGCUAACCUGGAGAGCCCCUGACAUGACCAGACCAAGCUCAAAUUUAGCAGAGUUUCGGAAGGAGUUUGCCAAAGCAAAGAACAUUGCUAUCAUUACUGGGGCUGGAGUUAGUGCAGAGAGCGGAGUACCAACUUUCAGGGGACAGGGGGGCUACUGGAGGAAAUGGCAGGCACAGGAUUUGGCUACUCCUAGUGCCUUCUCUCGAGAUCCGUCUUUAGUGUGGGAGUUCUACCAUUACAGACGUGAGGUAAUGCAAAGCAAGUUGCCUAACCCAGCACACCUGGCUAUAGCGGAGUGUGAGUCCCGUCUUAGCAAGCAGGGGCGCUCUGUUGUGGUCAUAACUCAGAAUAUUGAUGAGCUGCACCAUCGUUCUGGUUCCAAACAUGUCUAUGAGAUCCACGGUAGUUUAUUUAAAACUCGUUGCAUGAGCUGUGGAGAGGUCAAGGCCAACCAUAAAAGUCCAAUCUGCCCUGCCCUGGAAGGGAAAGGAGAACCUGACCCCAUUGCCAAGGAUGCUAGAAUACCAGUGGAGCACCUGCCCAGAUGUGAGAGGAGGGGUUGUAAUGGUUUACUAAGGCCUCAUGUGGUUUGGUUUGGAGAAACUCUGGACGCUGAUAUUCUCACCAGCGUUGAGCAGGAGCUGGAAAAGUGUGAUCUCUGUUUAGUUGUGGGCACCUCCUCCAUAGUUUACCCAGCGGCCAUGUUUGCUCCGCAGGUGGCAGCUAGAGGUGUGCCUGUAGCUGAAUUUAACAUGGAAUGCACACCUGCCACUAAGAACUUUAUGUAUCAUUUUGAAGGUCCAUGUGGCAUCACACUGCCUCCUGCGCUGGCAGUCCAUGAAACUGAGGUCAUUUAGGAAGAAACAAGACAUGAUCAAACCAUUCACACCCACUGCAUAGAGCACUUUAACUGAGGGCACAUGAACAGACUUUGAAUGGUUUAUGCGCUCAUGUUAUUGGUCUUUAUUUCUUUAAAUGUUUGGGCCCUCUGAUUGAUAUGAAGAUUGGCAAUUUGGCCAGAAUUUAAUUCUUAAAAUUAAUAUUUACAUCACAUCUGGACUAGUUUAUUGAGAUAUGAUGAGUUUGAGUGACUUUGAGUGUGUCUGAGAUAGUGUUGGAGUCAAGACCACCAAAACUGAGACCAGGACAAGACCAAGGCAGGCAGAGACCUGCCUUGACCAGCACUCCCAAAAUUAAUUCAAAAGAGACAAAAAAAUGUAAAGUCAUAAUAAAAUUAUGAUAAAAGUAA